UUUCUUGUUUAUUUUGGUUACAACAUAUGAAAGAGAAAGACAGAACAUUGAACUGUUCAAAAGGAUGAUCACACAGCACUUGAUGCUGUUUUGCUUUGCUUGUGAGAUUGAUAAAGGUUAACACAUCCAGUAACGCAACUUCAAACCUCUGCCCAACUUUACCAUCAGAACACGAGUAGCACAGCCCACAGCCAAUGCAAUAUUCGCUCUCCCUUCAAAUAAUACUAGGACACAAACAACGCCUAACUUUCUUUUAGUCAACUCCUCGUGGUUUCAACUCUCAAACAAUUAUAUAUAUAUAUAAUAAAAGAAAGCACCUUCACAUGGUUUUGUAGCUCAUCUAUGCAAAUCAGAAGGGUUUCCGAGAUGCCUCCUUCACUGUUGCUUCUUCUCCUUCCUCUUGUUGCUUUGGGAAAAUUGUGAUAUUUAUUCAUGGUAGUAAUAUUCCAGUAAGGAUUUUUGCACAUCUUAUUAUAAGUUAUGAAGAGACUCUGUUUCUCAAGAUGCAGUAGGUUCACAAGAGUACUGGCUUUGCUUCAGAUCAUACUUGGUGGCUUUGUUAUCCUCAUCAGCAUCACAACUCUUCACCGUUUCUACUCCACUGGAUUAAUUCCCCAUAUGGGAUCCGACCCUAACGACUGCUCUACAUUCAAUACUUUGACAGAAGGCUACGCUGACUUUGACCUCAAAGCCCUGUCUGACCGUGUGGAGGAAGUGGUGACCAAGCUCUCUGACCUCCAAGACAAGCUUGAAGCCACAGUGCAAAAGAUCAACAAAGACAAGACCAAGAAGAACAGCAACAUGACUCUAACUGAGUUCAAGAGGUUCUUAGAAGAGGAUGUCAUUCCAGAACUCUAUGGAGCUCACAUAGGACUUAGACUCGUCCGCAUACCCAAGUCGGACAACAACUACAGCACUGGUUCUCCAAAAGAGGACCCAUUGAUAAACUUCUUCACCAUUGAAGAAACUCGCAAGUACAUCACAGCCAAGAACAACAGAGAAGGGAAGCUGAGCGUGUAUGGGACUAACAAGAUUUAUAACACAAUAGGCCAUGCUUGUGUUGUAAUGAGGAAGGAGCUGGAGGAGUACAUGAACUAUGACGUUGGAUCAUAUUGCAAAGAUGACUGGGAUUUAGGCCAGAAACUAAUGUUAGGUGGGUGUGAUCCACUCCCAAGAAGGAGAUGCUUGACUAGAGCGUCCAAACUCUAUCAGAGGCCAUUGCCCAUUAAUGAGUCCUUGUGGAGUUUGCCAGAUAAUAGGAAUGUCCGCUGGAGCCGGUACCAGUGCAGAGACUUCAAGUGUCUGGCAAGCAGAAACUUGAAGAGGGGAUUCUCCAAGUGCACUGGCUGCUUUGAAAUGGAGAAGGAGAAGCUCAGAUGGGUGAGAAACUCUUCUUCUGCUGAUUUUCUCAUUAGUGAGGUUCUUGCAGUGAAGCCAGGGGAGAUUAGGAUUGGUCUGGAUGUGAGUGUUGGGACUGGGAGUUUUGCUGCAAGGAUGAGGGAGUGGAAUGUGACCAUUGUAUCAACAUCAAUGAACAUUGGAGCACCAUUCAGUGAGACCAUUGCUUUAAGGGGAUUGCUGCCUUUGUAUGCUAGUUUGAGUCAGAGGUUGCCAUUCUUUGACAACACCUUGGAUUUGAUCCACACCAGUGUGUUCUUGGAUGGAUGGGUUGAUCUUCAGCUGUUGGACUUCAUACUGUUUGAUUGGGACAGAGUUCUGAGGCCUGGUGGUUUGCUGUGGGUUGACAAGUUCUUUUGCAGGAGAAAGGAUUUGGAUGAUUACAUGUACAUGUUCUUGCAGUUCAGGUACAAGAAGCACAAAUGGGUUGUCUCUUUCAAGUCUAAGGAUGAGGUUUAUCUCUCAGCUCUAUUGGAGAAGCCUCCUAGGUCAUUGUGACAUAAUACCUGCUUACUCUGUUUCUUUUUGCAAGUGAAAUUAACUCAUUUAUUAUUGUCAUGGUUUCUAAUAAUGAG